AUAUUUGAAAAAAAAAAAUAAUAUAAAAAAAUAAUAUAAAAAAAAUAAUAAAAAAUUAAAUAAAAAGUAUUGUGACCAAAGUUUGUAAGGAUACAACAACAUCUCGCAGUGAUAACUGAAUGUAGCCUCAUAAGCCAUACACAUGUGUAUGUAUAAGCAAAAGCAGCUGUUUGAGUUCACUGGCGAAAGGUGCAACAUAAGUUAAGACGCUCUAAAAAAGUGUGUAAAAUCAUAAAGUGAAUUAGUCGAGUGAAGGGUAAUUACAAAGCUGAUGGCCUACACUUGAUUACCCAUAUUUCAUAUUUGGUGUGAUAAAUCUUUUUUUUUCCAAUAUCAUACAUACAUACAUACAUCCAUAUAUUGCAGGCGUGCAGUAAAAACACAAUAAAAUUAAUUUGGCUCGCGACAAAUUAUUUCAACAAUAUAAAGAAUAUAAAUUAGCUGUGUGCAGUUGAAGGAGGUAACGGUUAUUUACGAUAAAUUCACAAAAACAUUUAAAUUGCCGGAAAAUGUCAUUAAAGAAAGAAACACCAUCCGACGUGCUCUUGCAUUUGGCAGCACUCCGUGGUGACGAGAUCAACCUGCGGCGUGUACUUGAUAGUGGCAAAGUGCAUGUGGAUUGUAAAGACGAGGAUGGCACUACACCCCUCAUUUUAUCAGCAGCUGGCGGUCAUACACCCUGUGUUUUGGAGUUGCUUGAACAGGGUGCUGAUCCGAAUUCCCGUCGCGCUACUGGCACAACACCGUUAUUUUUCGCCGCACAGGGUGGCUACCUGGAUGUAGUUAAAAUAUUAAUAAAAGCCGGUGCUAGCGUAGAUACGCCAUCGGUGGACGGCGGCACACCACUUUUUGUCGCCGCUCAGGGUGGUUAUGUGAAAUUGGUUCGGGAGUUGUUGGAUUGUGGCGCUAAUGUGAACGCUUGCAUGAAGGAUCGUGCCACACCCGUUUUUAUAGCUGCACAAAAUGGUCACCGAACAGUGUUAUCUCUUCUCAUAACCGCUGGCGCCAAUCCGGAUAUGAAGCGCAUAGACGGUGCCACACCACUCUGGAUUGCCGCACAAAUGGGACACGAUCAUAUAUGUAAAGUGUUGUUGCAAAAUGGUGCAUUCGUGGAUGCGGUACGUUGCGAUGGUGCGACACCCCUCUUUAAGGCGGCGCAUAAAGGACAUGCAGCUGUAGUGACUGAGCUGUUGAAGCACAGACCCAAUUUGGGUUUGCUACCGAAUGGCGAGACAGCGUUGCAUGCGGCUGCCAUGUUUGGCCAUUUAACCGUUUGUAAGCAGUUGAUCGCCGCCGGUAGUGAUAUAAUGCAGAAAAAUCAGGAGGGUUUAACGGCCUUGCAGGUGGCACGUCAACAGAAAUAUUCUUCGAUCUGUGAUUAUUUGCAGGAUCGCUUGCGUAUGGUACGUGCGCGUGCGGGUACGGCUUCAUAAAUGCCGUUAUUAAGUAUUUAGUGUAGAUGAAAAGGAGCUUUAAAUUGUUGAAAACUUAAGGAGAACGAUUAAACUUAUCUAAUCUGUAGUUACACACAUA